AUUUGUUACUGUUCUUGUGAUUUUACGCAAAUUUUUAAACCGUGUCGGCUUCGUAAUAACCAGUUUUUGCGGUUAGAUUACGCUAAUUUUGAGUAAAUAAGCAAAAAGUGCUAAAAUAAUCAUGGCUGACAACAAGGAUGCGCCUGUAAAAAACAAUGAGCCAAAUGAAGCGCCAGUCGUACCCGACACUGGAGCAGAGAAUGCACAGCAUAGCUCUCUGUCCAUCAGAGAGAAUACCCAUUCUGCCCCAACUCCUGCGCCGGAAGAAGACACACAGGAGAUCAUAGUCGUCAAUGAGAGUACCACAGAACUCGACCUUAAUCAUGGCAGGAUUGGAAAGAUUGAAAAUCUUGAGCCUUUAAAGAAUUUGGAGAGGCUAUACCUCCGAUGGAAUCUUAUCAAGAAAAUAGAAGGUCUAGACACGCUAAGCACACUACUUGAACUAGAACUGUAUGACAAUCAGAUCACAGUCAUUGAGAACUUGGACAACCUCGUCAAUUUAGAGAUCCUCGACCUUUCUUUCAACCGCAUAAGAGAGAUCGGUGGGGUUUCGAAGCUGCUAAAUCUACGGAAGUUAUUCAUCAGCUCCAAUAAGAUUACCGAAAUACAGAACGUCGACCACUUCCCAAAGCUUGAGUUGUUAGAGCUUGGAGAUAAUCGAAUAAAGGAGAUUAAAAACCUAGACGGUUUGACGACACUUAAACAACUAUACUUAGGCAAGAACAAAAUAUCAAAAAUCCAAAACCUGGGCAAUCUUACGAACCUCGAAAUUCUAUCGUUACAAAGCAACAGAAUCACAAAGAUCGAAAAUCUGGAAAAUUUAACUAAGUUAGAACAGUUAUAUAUAUCUGAGAAUGGCAUUGCCGUAAUGGAGAACAUGGAUAAUCAAACAAACUUGACAACUUUGGACUUGGCUAUGAAUAGAGUGACGGACAUACAGAACGUUCGGCAUAUGAGUAAUUUGGAAGAGUUGUGGCUAAAUGACAACCAAAUAACAGAAUGGAGUUCCAUAGACCACCUCAAGCAUAACAAGAAGCUAGCAACGAUAUACCUGGAACGUAACCCGCUUGCUACCGAUCCCGCGUACCGACGCAAGCUAAAGCUCGCUCUGCCUUCACUGCAGCAGAUCGACGCUACUUUGUGCAGUUAUGGACUCUCUAAUCAGCCUGGUUCACAAGGACCCCGUACAGUCCAGCCUCAGCCUUCAGCAAGUCGCAACCAACAGCAUCCACCAGCCCAGCGCCCGAAACCCGGAAGACAUCCCUCCCGCAGUCUUCACUAAGAUCCAAUUUAAUUUUUAGCGAUAAAUGUAAAUUGUAAUAAACUAAAGGAUAACUUUUAUAGCUACUAUUUAUUUUAGUGAUGCGGCAGUUCCGUACGUUCAUAGCGCCUUUUACACCGGGUCGUCUGCCGACCUUCGGCUGCAAACUACCGUCGUCGCACGACUUAUUAUUUACACCAUAGUUCACCGCCUUUACCGGGCAAGUGGAGGUCGCUUGACUAUUUAGUGUGAACGCGCCAUUAUUCACGUCUAUCCAUGUCUGGAAGUUUCCUGU